GAAUUUGCUUCGGACGGACACAGAUGGCCCAACGCUCGUCGACACGCUCGCACCAAGCACCCGGCGGCAGCUCGCAGAUGGGGUCGCUCAUCUUUGGCGGUGGUGGCGAAGAGAGCAACUUUGACGAAGCCCAGCGCAACCGCCGUGGCAUCCGCUCGCAGCAGCGCCCCGAAGCCGACCAGAGUCCGCUCAACCAAGCGCCUGCGGGCCAGGCCCCGGCGCGCCAGCAGCAGCACCAACACCAUCACCACCAUCAGCAGCAGCAAUCGCAGUCGCAGUACCAGCAGCCGCCGCAACAACAGCAACAGCAGCAACAGUACCAACAACCGCAGCAGCAGCAACAGCAGUACCAGACGCAAAACUACCAGGAGCCGCCGCAACAGCAAUACCGCCAGCAGCAGCAGCAGCAGCAGUCGAGCGCGCCCUUUGCUCAAGGCGGUGGUAACGAGUCGGGCGGCCGCGUCUCGUCGAACCGGUAUGCGUCGGGCGUCUCGCAGAACACUGGCAAUGUCAUUACCGACCGCAGUACGACCCGUAUCCACGCGCCCCCUGGCGGUGCGUCGUCGUUCCGCUUAGGGUAGACUCGAAAAAGGACACGAGAGAUCGCAUUUUGCGAUGUAGCAUAGGAUAACUGGCAUGGUUGCCUCAAUCAACACGAAUGAAGCCGGUGAAGUCUCC